GCGCUGCAUGCCGAAAGAUUGACGACAGCUCCAAUGCACAACCCCGUCUCUCUGUGCUUGGUCAAUUGCAAUCCGCCAAUCCGACGAUCUCCAGUCUUCACUCCGAACCCGCAACUUGGUUCGGAACCGGAAAUUCGAACCAAAAUCUUAAGAAAGCGUGCUUCAAAAAAGUCUUACGAAAGCGACAGAGCAUUGAAAUACACCAUUCGACAAGACAACGAAAUGAAAUGAAACCAAUUGUUAAUAUCUUUUUCCACUUCCCUCUCGAACCAUACUGUUAUCGCCAAAUGGGUGGACGAAACUUGUGCAUCGGUGAUGCUUACGACACCUUCCGUUCCAGGAAAUUAUAUGACGCUGAAAACGAAGAAGAAGAAGAAGAAGACGGAGGGUGUGAGCCGAUUUUUCCAAAGGAGGCUCAUGUCAUGUUGUGAAGGCUUGGAAGGGUAAAAAGAUACAUAGCAUUGUUUGCAAAUUGGCUUUGUGUGCAACCGUGUACAACAUUUGGAAGCAUCAUAAUAAUAUCAAAUUUUGUAAUCGGGUGAAUUCUGAGGAGCAGAUUCUUCAGGUUAUUUGCUGAGAGAUUGGUACAAGGAUUAUGGGGAAAGGCAAAGGGAUGUUCAGAUACACUACCGCUAAUGCCAAGCUUUGUGAAAAUUGGGGUAUUCCUUGGAGUAUUAUGGAUUUAAAUGGCUGAAGGGUUGCUGCACUGGUAGAUGGACAGAGCAGAAAACAAGCCUCAUCUACUGGCCCUUCACUGUUUGACCUUGAGAGCAGUCAAGUACCAAACCACCAAUGUUACAAAGAGAGCCAGUAACAAGCUUCUUCUUGACCGUGUAAAAGCAAAUCUUCUUGCAAAAUAAUCUAAGAUAGUUUGCUGUACUUGAUGGCAUCUACAUCUCUGUUGUUCUUAUGUCCUACCAUUACAUUUCUCUUCUUUAUAUUGUUGCCUCCGACCUCAAGCCUUAAUCCUGUCAGUGGUCCCACCAAACAUAGAAAUGAGGUAACUAUAGCACCUCAUGGUGCUGUUGCCACCGAUGAUCGCCGAUGUUCCAGAAUAGGGAUGAAAGUUCUUCGUGAAGGAGGUCAUGCCAUUGAUGCGUCGGUGGCUGCUGCGCUUUGCUUGGGAGUUGUAAGUCCAGCAUCAAGUGGCAUUGGUGGAGGAGCCUUUAUGCUUCUCAGGUUAGCCAAUGGGAAGGCAGAAGCCUUUGAUAUGAGAGAAACUGCCCCCAUGCAAGCUUCUGAGAAUAUGUAUGCUGCCAAUGCUGCUUUGAAAACAGAAGGUGCCCUCUCCAUAGCAGUUCCAGGGGAAAUUGCAGGCCUUCACAAAGCUUGGAAACAACAUGGAAGACUUCCUUGGAAGAGGCUUGUAAGGCCAGCAGAGCGUCUUGCUCGUUUGGGAUUUAAGAUAUCACCAUAUCUCCACAUGCAGAUGGUCAGGACAGAGUCAGGGAUCUUAGCAGAUAAGGGACUCCGUGGUAUAUUUGCUUCAAAUGGAAGUCUCUUGCAGCUAGGUGAUAUCUGCCGCAACAAGAAACUGGCACAGACACUAAGAACAAUUUCAAAAUUUGGCCCAGUGGCCUUCUAUAAUGGGUCAAUUGGAUUAAAUUUGAUUAGUGAUGUUCAGAAGGUUGGAGGGAUACUGACAAUGAAGGACUUGCAAAGAUAUCGAGUUAAAUUGAAAGAACCAAUCUCUGCUAACAUUUUAGGGCUUAAAAUACUUGGCAUGCCUCCUCCUUCAGGGGGUCCUCCAUUGAUACUUAUGCUAAACAUUCUUGCUCAAUAUGCAAUCCCUUCGGGUGUUUCUGGCCCCCUUGGGGUCCAUCGAGAAAUUGAAGCUUUGAAACAUGUAUUUGCUGUUAGGAUGAAUCUUGGUGAUCCUGACUAUGUUGAUGUCUCCAAAGUUUUAUCUGAUAUGCUCUCUCAUAAGUUUGCCAAAGAGUUAAAGAAAACCAUAUAUGACAAUAUGACAUUUGACCCUGGACAUUAUGGUGGAAGAUGGAAUCAGAUCCAUGAUCAUGGCACCAGUCAUAUGUCCAUCGUAGAUCCUGAGCGAAAUGCUAUUUCCAUGACUAGUACAGUGAACUCAUAUUUUGGUUCUCAAAUACUGUCACCAAGUACGGGGAUACUCCUGAACAAUGAAAUGGGUGAUUUCUCCAUUCCUAUGAAUGUUUCUGCAGAUCUUCCACCUCCAGCACCAUCAAAUUUUAUCAAGCCAGGAAAAAGGCCAUUAUCAUCCAUGGCACCUAUUAUUGUCUUAAAGAAUGAGCAACUGAAAGCUGUGGUAGGUGCUAGUGGGGGAGGCAUGAUUAUUGCUGGAAUUGUAGAGGUUUUGUUGAAUCAUUUUGCCAGGGGAAUGGAUCCCCUCUCUUCUGUCAUGGCACCGAGAGUCUAUCACCAGCUGAUACCUAAUGUUGUAUACUAUGAGAACUGGACGACUGUGAGUGGCGACCACUUUGAAGUUCCUGCUGACAUCAGGGUAGCCCUUCAAAAAAAGGGCCAUGUCCUACUGGGCCUAGCUGGCGGGACCAUUUGCCAGUUUAUAGUUCAAGAUGCAAGGACUUCAACAAAGGAAAAUAGGGGCGCUGGAAAGCUUGUGGCCGUGAGUGACCCAAGAAAAGGUGGCCUUCCUUCUGGUUUUUGAACUUCUUGAGUAGCAUUUGGCAAUUCGGUAACGUUUCUGCCGCUGGAAGAUGAUUCUCGUUCCCUUUUUUGUUAAUGCGGAAUUGACAUUGUAAGAGGCAAAUAAAAUGGAUGUUGACAAGCUGUCAGAGGUUUCUGAAGUAGCUUCGCUAUGUUGGUCAAAAAGCUGCUACUCUCACACCCAUUUAUCAUUCAUUUAACAUUGGUUGAUGUAGCGUGUUUUAAUUAGUUUUUUUUUUUUUUAAAGUGGCUGACAUAAAAAGCUACAUAAAACACGUCAUGUCAGUCGAUAUGAAAUGAGUGUGAAGAGUAGAAUUACUUAUUAAACAAAACUCAAAAUCUGAAUACAAUUGGAGUUGUGCCUCAA